AUGGAGGAAGCAUUGUGUUCUAAGAUCGGCAUGGAGUUUCAGUCAGAAGAUGAGGCAUACAACUUCUACAAUAAGUACGGAUUAGUUGUUGGGUUCAGUGUUCGGAAAGACUACUUGAACAAAGACAAAAACGGUGUAAUUACAUUGAAAAGGUACAUAUGUUGCAAAGAAGGUUUCAAACCACGGUACAAAGGAGAUGUAAAACUAAAGAGAACUCGGACUGAAACAAAAACAGGAUGUGAAACUAAAAUGGGGAUAAUUUUGAACAGAGAAACAAUGAAAUAUCAGGUUCAAGAUCUGGUAAUCGAGCAUAAUCACACACUACACAUUGCAGAAUGUACUCAUAUGAUGCGUUCGCAAAGAAAAGUAAGUAUUUCUCAAGGACCCCAAUCUGAGAUUGCAAAUGAUGCAGGAAUAUCCUUGAAACAAUCCCAUGAACUCAUGGGAAAAGAGGCAAGUGGAUUAGGCAAUAUUGGCUACAUUCGUGAUGACUUAAAACGCUAUCUACAAACAAAAAGAGAGAGGGGAUUAAAGUAUGGUGAAGCUGGUGCAAUGCUACGAUAUUUUGAAGAACAAAAAUUGGAAAAUCCGUCAUUAUUUCACGCAGAACAGCUUGAUUGUGAAGAACAAAUUACAAAUAUAUUUUGGGCUGAUGCAUCAAUGCUGAUGGAUUAUACCUAUUUUAGGGAUGUGGUUACAUUUGACACCACAUAUAAAACUAACAAGGAGUACAGACCAUUGGGCGUAUUUGUGGGAUUCAAUCAAUUUAGACAAUUGGAUGCAGCCAUGGCCGCUACAAUUUCAGCUGUUAUGCCUUCAACAUACCAUGGUCUGUGCACUUUUCAUAUUAGAGUCAAUUUCAUGAAACACCUUGGGAACUAUUACAAGGAUGGUAGUAAUCUCCCAUAUAAAUUUGCUGAAUGUAUGCAUGAGAUAGAAGAUGAAAAUGAGUUUAUCAUGACCUGGGAUGCAAUGCUAAAAGAACACAAGCUCGAAACAAAUGAAUGGUUGUGUGGCAUUUAUGCAUGUCGAAAGAAAUGGGCAAAAUGCUUCAUGAAAGGUGCUUGGACUGCAGUUGUGGAUGAAAAAAGAUAUAAUGAACUAAGAGCUGAGUAUCACAGUAGACAGAAGUUGCCAAUGAUGGGAUUGCAACAGACUCCCGUACUGAUCCAGGCAGCUUCUAUAUACUCUCCAUGCAUGUUUGUUGCAUUCCAGAAUGAAUACGAUGAAUCCACUACAAUGGUGAUCUUGGACCAAAAGCAUACUACAAUGUAUGUGGAAUGCAGUGUCAGUCACUAUGAUGGAGGAAGAGAGAGAAGAGUGAUAUUGAAUCCAAUAACUAAAGACAUUACUUGUAGUUGUAAUCUUUUUGAGCAGGAAGGAAUCCUAUGCUCACAUGCUUUAAAGGUGUAUGAUAUGGUUGGAACAAAGUUUAUUCCUGAUCAUUAUGUGACAAAGAAGUGGACAAAGAAGGCAAGGUCCCGAGGCAACGUCGAUUGCAAGGGUAGAGAAAUAUCAUCAGAUCCGUCUCUCUCUAUUUCCCGUCGAUAUAGGCUAUUAGCACCUAAAAUAGUAAGACUUGCUAUCAGGGCUGCCAUGUCAGAAGCCGCUACAAAGUUAGUCAGUAGCUCAUUCAGUGAAUCAAAUUUUGGAUCAUCCCCAGUUAUUUACUCAGAUAUACAGUCUUGUAGGAUGUCCGGUGAAGCUGGAAUCACUCCUCAAAUAUUGAGUGCUCAUAAUAUCCGUAUUCAAGAUCGUAACAAUCUCCCACUUUUGCUUCCCAACGAUCCUGUGAGCAAGACAAAGUACACCGGGUUCACCGAAUUUUUAAUGACCCCCAUUGUGGACUCUGUGGAAAGGUCAAAGAGCAGGACUUUCAUGCAAUUAAGCGACGAAAAAGUGCAACUACCUACGAUAUAA